AGAACCGCUUGACUGGACACACUGUAGCUCCCCCGACCCUGUGCAGAGUAAAAGAGAGAGGUAGAGGGAGAGAGGGAGAAGGAGAGAGGGAGAGAGAGGUGGAAGGAGAAGAAACGGGGUAGGCCUCGGCCUAGGUUUUAGGGGAAAGGGUUAUACACUCAAAGAAGAACCCUGUUCUAGGCAUGAAUAGAAUGGACACGGAAACUUUGAGAAUGCACUAUUAUCUAGGCUAUAAUGGCAUGAUGCUGUUUGACUACACGUUGGGCUGCAUGCUGUAGCCAUGUGCCUAUCAAUACAAUGAUGGGGAGAAGUUAUAGAACAAAGGGACUGAAGGUUGUAGAAGCUCAGAUGGUGGUGAGGUGAUUUUCAGUCCUACGGAGAAAGACAAGGACACCACUUCAUUCACCGCUAUGGCCUGUGGGGAGGGAUGGACAUCAUAAAAGAGUAACGAUGAAAACUCGAACUCACAAAGAAUCGAUGCCAAUGCGCAGUGGGCGGAGGCGUGGGGGAAGCAACGAGGAGAGGAGGGGUAGACGCCCGCAUCCCAGCCCUUCUCGUGCAGAACGAAACGACAGGCAGACGCAAAGAGCUGCUGGCGAGGAAUUGGCUGUCAGUCGCUUCAAUCACAGAUCGCAAGGCCAUGAUUCGUCAGAGAGUGAAGGGGAGGAACUUGUGCCUCCACCAAAGAGGCAGAAAGUCCAGGAUUCUUCCUCUGCCACCAACCCACCGACUUCAACUCAUUCAACUGACAGUACUCCCCCACUAUACCGCCCCCACCCUCGGCUCCCAGACAGUCACGUGACAGUGACAACGAGGAUGGCCAAUCCCAGGGCAGCAGGAGCUCAGUUGUAGGGAGCUUGGCCAAUAGCCUGAGCAGUGGGCGGGACAUCGACCAGGACAAUCGAUCUUCCUCCCCGAGUCUCUCUGCCUCCCCUCCAGCCAGUUUAGACUCUGACUCUGAUGGUCCAGACUCACCAAAGCAAGGAGAGGGAGAACGGGAGAAAAGGAAAGAGGGAGGAGUGGGGAAGACAGGAGGAGAGGAAAGGAGAGCAGCCAGAGAGGGGAGAGGGGAUGAGUCUUGCGGAGAUGGUGAAAGGAAGGAUGGAGGAAUGGAGGACAGCCCUUCUCUGAAGCUGCCAUCCUCCAUCUCUUCCUCUGCUCCUGUUCCCUCUCUCUGCGGAGCAGGGGAUUCAGCCAAUGAUAGCAAUAGUGGCAGGAAGUCCUAUUUCUCACAGGACUCCAAGCUGGUGAGCAAGAUGGAGUAUGGACCGGCCAGCGCUGACACUGUGCACAGUGGCAAUCGAAUGAACUCCAAAGCUAAAGCGCAGUGCGUGACCAAGGCAACUGUCGCCGGGGGAGACUAUCCCCACGGCAACCCCAACAUUCCACACCCCCCUCCACCACCCCUUCCUCCUCCACCAGCGCUGAAACCCUUAGAACUAGGGGGGCAGAACCUACCCUCAGAAGUCAAGGUAGAGAGAGAGAAAAUGGAGAAAGGUGAGAAACUGAUGGACAACAAGACGGCUCCUCCCUCUCUGUUACCCCAAACCAGCCCCUUACCCCCCUCCCAGCCCCCGCCCCACCCCCACCACUACAGCCCCACCGGAUGGCAGGGAGGCACAGCAACCGGUUGCCAGGGGAGCUGGGGCUACACCCGUUACUCUGGUAACCACCACUCUCACCAGCCGCAGCACCAACCCCCAGUGCAGCAGCAGCAACUGCCAUCCGUCUACAACCCCCCUUCCUCCCGUCAUUCAUCCUCCUCCCACCCCCCUUACCUCCCCCACCCCCACAAGGAGUACCUCCCCAGGUACGCUUCCGGGGGAGGGGAAAGGGAGAGGGGGGCGGCCGGCGAGAGGGAGAGGGGGGGAGUGAGGGUGGAGUAUGGGGGGAGAGAGAUAGGUAGAGAUUUCUCAGCUAGUAGUGGUGGUAACAGCAGCACUUCUGGUGGGAUGGGGGGUCCUAAUGGGGUCCAAGGGAGGGAGUUUGGGGGUCAGAACCGGGAGUACCAAGGCCUGGGACCUCAGAGCUCUGGGAGAGACCCCCCCAUGGGUCCUGGGGGAAGAGAAUUUGGACCAGGGGGGUUCAGAGAAAGAGAGAGGGAUAGAGAGAGGGAGAGGGAGGGAGAGAGGGAUGUAGGAGGAAGGGAGUUCCCUUUACAGAAUCGUAAUGAGAAUCAGAACAGAGAGUUUGGACCCACCGGUGCUGGGGGAGGAAGGGGGCACCCCAGAGACAAAGAGGGGGGGCGGUGGGGCGAGUUUGGGGGCCAGAUGAGAGAGGCGGGGGGCAAUGUUAACCCCAAUAAUAACCCCCUCCCCCUAGGAAACCCCCCAAGCUCGACCAGUGGGUUACCUGCAGCCCCCAUGCUAAACCGCGACCCCCCUUCCUCACCCCAAAACAACCCCAGCCACCCUACCCUACCCCCCCACCCACAUCCUCAAAGCGCCUCCAAACGAGACUACCCCCCAUCGAUGGACCAGGGACAGACAAGGCACAAUUCCCCCUCUGGACCAGAACACUUCCACAGAGAGUACCCUCCUGGGGCCAAGGACUAUCCCCCUGGUGGCCCACCCUCCACCGGCCCAGCCCAUGAGUACCCCAGCCCUCCCGGAAUGACUCCAAACCUGGGCCGAGACUACCCAGGUGGACCUCAGAUCCCCCACCUGCCCCACCCCCACUUUCCAGCCCAGCAGCCCAGAGACAGGGACCGAGAGAGGGACACCAACCAGCGAGAGUCGUCUCUCUACCAAAACCGUGGCGGUCCCCCCCAACCCCCGUCCCUUUCUCCCUCCUCUUCCUCCUCUACUCCUCAUGGACACCCUCCGAAUGCUCCUUACCCUCCUCCUCCACCUCCUCCCCCUCUCCCCCCUCCCCAAACCUCCCUCGCUCAGCCCCAACCCCCCUCCGGCCUGGGACCCAAUCACGUUCGUCCGGCAAAUUACCCUUCCUCCAAUCAGACUCCUGCAACACCCCUCUCUCCUUUACUAAACCCCUCGACCAAUCAGAUGGGAGGGUUUCCUUCCUACCCUCCAGGCUCCUCCUCUGGGGCCAACAUGUCACUUCCUGGUUCAGGUGUGUCACCUGGCUGUCGGCCCUCACCUUUUCACAGCACUUUGAACAGCCACGCCCCCUUCAGCGGCCCCUACCACCCCAAUGGGAACAGUGGGAACAACCUGGUCCCGACUAACAGCAAUAGUAACAGUAGCAGUGGCAGCAGCCAUACCAACUCUCUCUCUCAGUCCCUCUCACCUCAAAACGCCUCAAAAGGACCCCCACCUCUUAGUAACCCCGGCAACAACAAUGGCACUUCGGCCCCUGGCUGUAGCUCCUCGCUUCCUAGAGAUGGGCAUUCUGAUUCGUCCACAGGUCCACCUCCCCCACCUGUCAUCAAGGAGGAACCAAUAGAGGAGAGGGAGGAGAGUGAAAGCCCACCUCCUGUUUUGAGAAGUCCCUCCCCUGAGCCCAAGCCGGUGGACAUUCCGAUCCACGCCAGCCAAUCAGCACGGUUCCACAGGGUUCUAGAUCGGGGCAGUGGAAACUCCUGCGCCCGCAGCGACGUUCUCUUCGUCCCCCUGGACGGCUCCAAACUGUGGAAGAAGAGGAACGAGGUGAUCGAGAGAGCCCGGAGAGAGGUGGAGCAGAGGGCCAGAGACCUGAGGGAGAAAGAGCGGGAACGAGAGAGGGAGAGAGAGAGGGAGCGGGACCUGGAGAGGCAUCUACAACAACAGAAGGACAAUAACAAUGCAAAUAUACAACGCCAGGGAUCCUCUCUCUUCUUCCCCUCCUCCUCCUCCAUCCUCCUCGACCCUAACUCCUCUUCUAACCCUGGGUCUCACCCUCAAUCUCACCCCCAGCAGCACCACUCCCACCCUCACCCCCACGCUCACCUCCACCCCUCCCACCUCCAUCCCUCCCUCUCUCAACACAUCCCACACUCCCUCCUCAUGCAAUCAAUGGGGGGUUCAACGGUGGUUGGCCCACAGGGGGCUCUGGGGAUCGGGUUAGGAGGGCCGUAUCUGGGCCCUGACACCCCGGCACUGCGGACCCUGAGCGAGUAUGCCCGGCCCCACGCCAUGUCCCCUCUCGGGGCUAGUCGCCAACACCAACACCCGCAUGUCCACCAUCAUGGCCACCCUCAUGGCCACCCCCAUGUCCACCCCUCCUUCUUCCUCCCCCAGUUCCAGAACCAUGCCCUGGCCCACCCACAUCACAUGCCUGCUGAUGCAGCCACAGCGGCAGCCAUCUUGGGUUUCCUCUAUGGUGGCAGUAUGGAGGGAGGGCCAGGGGGGCAUGGAGGAGGACAUGGGGGGAUGGGGGGUGCAGGGUUAGGGGGGAUGGGGUUUCCCCAUGCAGUGGCAGCCCACCGUGAGCGCAUGAAGCCGGGGUUUGAGUUUAAGAGUGAGGACAGGGUGUACCAGCCGGGCACCUUGGGAGAUCCUACGGCUCUCGCCUCGCCCACUCCCACUCGCAUGCCCACGCACACGCUCAUGCACAUGCUCACUCCCUACUGCUGGGGGAGGGGUGGAGUCCCUCUCCAACCCUCCCCCUUCUCCCUGCUUCCUCCCUCGCUCCCCUCUCACCCUGCACCUGCACCAGCCCCUCCACCCCCGGCCCCCGCAGCUGCACCUCUGCCCGCUCCUCCUCCACCCUCCUCCAACCCUGUUUCAUCCCUCCAUCACUCCUUUCCCAGCUCCCUCCCCCCAUCUCACCCCCCACCUGCCCCCGCCCCGGUGACCGCCCCUCCUGAGACCUACCCCCCUCCCACUCGCUCCCCCACCACCUCUGAGAGAGAGAGGAGUGGAGAGAGGGAGAGAGAAAGAGAGCGAGACAGAGCGGGGCUGCCAGCCGGUGGAGAGAGGGGACGAGAGAGGGAGAGGGAGCGAGAGAGAGAAAGAGAAAGAGGGGGAAGCAAUGGAAGUGGAGGAAGUGGUGGAAGUGGCGGAGGAGGAACAGGAGGAGGAGAGAUUCCGGGGCGUCUUCAGAUGUUGAACGUCACGCCUCAUCAUCACCAGCACUCACACAUCCACUCCCACCUGCACCUGCACCAGCAAGACACAGCGGCGGGCGGGGUGCACCCCCUGAUGGACCCGUUGGCGUCGGGGUCUCCCCUGGCCCGCCUGCCCUACCCAGGGGCAACGCUGGGCACCCCCAUCCUGGCACACCCCCUCACUGAAAGCGAGGUGCUACGACAACAGCUCUUCGGCGCUCCGUUCCGUGAGCUGCCCCAGCCCUCCUCUCUGACAGGUUCCAUGUCAGCGGCCCACCAGCUCCAGGCCAUGCAGCAGGCCCAGAGCGCAGAGCUGCAGAUCCAGAGACUGGCCCUGGAACAGCAGUGGAUCCACCACCACCACUCCCUCACCCAGGACGAGUACUACAGCCACUUAAAGAAGGAAAGCGACAAGACCCUGUAAGGGAGGAAAAGAGAGGGGGAACAAGCCCACGGAUGACAAACCCACAGGAGGAAGAAAGGAGAGAAAUAUCUGCAAAGGAAGAAGAAAACAACAAAACAGAAGCACUAAAACAAUGAAGGAAGCAUCAUACUGUAGGAACCUGAAGAGAAAUGAACGGAUUGAGAAACCUGAUGAAAAAAGGGAGAGAGAAGUGAAAACGUUGCUCACAGUCUGUGUUGUCUGUACUAUACCAUAGCCCCAGACUCUGGGUGCAUCACAGCGUAUGUUGUACGACUCCAGUCAGUUUUGUAUUGUGCCCUGUAUGGUAUACUAGGUGGGAGCAGCAAUAUAAUACAGUACAGUCUGGUGUAAAUGACCUUAUGCCAGGAAGAAUGUGUACAUGAGGCUCUCUUUUAUGUCAUUGCAUGUAGCUAGGCGCUUAUUGUGAACUGGUUGAACUCCUGGUUCUAUUUUUAGUAAUCGCCCUCUCUUUCCUAACAGAUGGGUGGUGUGUGAGUAUGCAUGAGAUCAGCGAUUAAGAAGUGUCAUAUUAUGUUAACGAUUAAUAGUAUUGUUAUUAUUAUUCAUGUCUGUUUGUUGAUAAUUCUAUAUACAUAUUAUUUGUAUUGUUAUUUUAUUUUAUUACAUUUUCAUGGUAUGGCGGUUUCUUUAGUUUUUUAUUGUGAAACGAGAUGCAAAUGAAGGAAAAAGAUAAACUACAUAAUUUUUUGGGGGAAAAUA